AUGCAUGAAUUAACUACGGUAGCUUCUCAUAUCACCCAAACUGAAGAAGAUCAUAUCUAUGAGGUGACAGAAGACCAUCAUUUGGAUUCAAAUGUCGUAGUACUGGAAUAUAAUGAACCUAUAGUGACAGUGGUUGAUUGGGGGAAGUCAGUAUUUUCCAACCCUACAUCAAAGGCCAAACAUUAUAUAAGUUCAGUAUUUCCUAUUGCCCAUUGGAUCUUACAUUAUAACCCAAAAUGGGCUUAUGGUGAUGUAGUAGCUGGGAUUACUGUAGGUAUAGUAUUAGUACCUCAAAGUAUGUCUUAUGCCCAGUUAGCUGGAUUACCAGCUGAAUAUGGUUUAUAUUCAUCAUUUGUAGGGGUUUUCAUUUAUUCAUUUUUUGCUACAUCUAAAGAUGUAAGUAUUGGUCCAGUUGCGGUGAUGUCAAUGCAAGUUGGUAAAGUUAUUGCCAAUGUUCAAGCUAAAGAGGGUGAUAAAUAUUCAGCUCCUGAAAUCGCCACCUUUUUAGCUUUGAUCUGUGGUGGUAUAGCUGCUGGUAUAGGGAUCUUAAGAUUAGGAUUUAUUCUUGAAUUCAUUUCAACUCCAGCUGUCAUGGGUUUCAUGACCGGUUCAGCUUUCAGUAUUAUGUCAGGUCAGGUACCAGGAUUGAUGGGUUAUAAUUCAUUAGUAAACACUAGACAAGCUACUUAUCAAGUUGUUAUUGAUACUUUGAAACAUUUACCUGAUUCUACUAUUGAUGCUGCUUUUGGUGUUGUUGGAUUAUUCCUUUUAUAUGUAUGGAAGUUCUCCACUGAAUAUGGACAAAAGAGAUGGCCAAAAUACAAAUUAUGGUUCUUCUACGUUCAACAUUUAAGAAAUGCUAUCAUCAUUAUUUUCUCCACCUUAAUUGCUUGGUCCGUUGUUCAUCCUGAAUUGAAAAGAUAUGAUGGUCCAGCUUCUGGUUUCAAACCUUCUAUCAAAGUCUUGGGUACUGUUCCAAGUGGUUUAAGACAUGUUGGAGUUAUGAAAAUUCCUCAAGGUAUCAUUGGUUCUAUGGCUUCAGAAAUCCCUGUUUCUACCAUCAUCUUAUUAUUAGAACAUAUUGCUAUUGCUAAAUCUUUCGGUAGAGUUAAUGAUUAUAAGAUUGUUCCUGACCAAGAACUUAUUGCUAUUGGUAUCAAUAAUCUUAUUGGUACUUUCUUUUCAGCUUACCCAUCAACUGGUUCAUUCUCCAGAUCUGCCUUAAAGAAUAAAUGUGGUGUUAGAACUCCAUUAGCAGGUAUUUAUACCGGUGCUGUAGUUUUAAUUGCUUUAUAUGCAUUAACUUCUACUUUCUACUACAUUCCAAAAGCCACUUUAUCGGCGGUCAUUAUCCAUGCAGUUUCUGAUUUGAUGGCUAAUUACAAAACUUCAUGGAGUUUCUGGCAAAUCAGUCCUGUGGAUUUCGGUAUCUUCUUGAUCAAUGUUUUAAUCACUGUGUUUUCAUCUAUAGAAAAUGGUAUUUAUUUUGCUAUUGCUGCUUCAGCUGCUGUGCUUUUAUUCAGAAUUGCCAUUCCAAAAGGUCAAUUCUUGGGUAGAGUUAAAGUAGCUGAAAUUAUUAAUCCUACCAUUGAAAAUGUUUAUGAUACUUCCAGUAUUAAACCUGAAGGAAACUUGGAAAAUUCUUCCAGUUCAAAUUCUUCCAAUGAUGUUGAAAUUUAUCAAGUUUUAUCUAACAAUUCCAAUUAUGACUCCACAAAGCUCAAAAAGAACCAACUUAGUAAGGUUUCUACAAGUGCGAGAUCAUUAUUGAGAAAGAAUCCAAAUAUCAGAUUUCAUACCAAAUGGGUUCCUUUAGAUAAUGCUAAUAUCCACAAGGGCCUUCAAGUCGAAUUACCACCUCCAGGUGUAGUGGUUUUCAAACCUGUGGAAACUUUCACUUAUCCAAAUUGUUCAAUUCAAGCCGAUAGAAUCAUUGAUGAAGUCAAGAGAUUAACCAAACGUGGUAAACCUUAUAAUUAUACUGAUACUGGUUCAAGACCAUGGAAUGAUCCUGGUCCAUUAAAUUGGAAUGUUCCUUUCUUAAAGAAAUUUAACAAGCCUGAAGAUCAAUUAGAAGAUACAAGACCAGUAUUAAGAAUCUUACAUUUAGAUUUCAGUUCAGUUGCUUCCAUUGAUGUUACUAGUGUUCAAGCUUUAGUGGAUUUAAGAAAAUCCCUUAACAAUUAUGCUGAUAGAGAAGUUGAAUUCCAUUUUUCAGGUAUUUUAUCUCCUUGGAUCAGAAGAGGAUUAGUUAAAGCAGGUUUUGGGAAAUAUAGUGAUGAAAGUUUAAGAAGUAAUACUAAUUAUGUUAACAUUUUAACUGAAAAUGAUUUGGAAUUAGGGGAUUUAGAUAAGAAUUAUUUACCAGCUGUAAGUACUGAUACCCCAUUCUUCCAUUUGGAAAUUCCAGAUUACCAAUAG